AUGCCCGAUCAUCCCGCUGCCGAUAUUCCUUCUCAGCUCCGUUUUGGCGGGACAUCAAUAAGCUUUGACGAAACUCUUCCUCUUCACAACACUUUAAAUGGCCAGAGCACUUUCUCCUCGGCGGGCGAUGGCUCAGAAUGCCCUGCAUCGGCAAUGUUGCCACGUUCUCUUGAUCCACUCCCGGGUUCGCCAUUUAUAUACGAGUUUGCGGGCGGCAGCAUAAUUGACUGGCUAGGUCAUACACCCAGGCAACUAGAACCGGAUCUCAACCCCUUGGACGCAAUAUGGAAUCCUCGCUCCAACAGGGCGGAACCAGAAGAGGCCGGUAUCACAGAUGACAAUGAUAUGUUCAGAUUAUUUCAAGAAAUCGACAUCCCUCGCGAUAGCCCAGAGAACGUUGCUCGUAUCUAUGAUCGUCGAGUGUGCGAAGUGCUUUGCAUGUAUGGGGGUGCAAACGGAAAUCCAUGGCGCAAAAUUGUCUGGCCGCUUGCUCAAGAACACCCUGCACUCUAUCAUGCAAUAGCAGCCAUGACAUAUUUCCAGAUGUCUAAAUUCAUUUCCGAAGGCGUUACACAUUUCAAAAAUAGCAUCCAAGAGCUAGCUACUGGCAGCAACAGCAGCAGUAUGCGUCUUGAAGUGGCAUUGGUUAUCACCCUGGUUCUGGCUUUUGCCCAGACAUGGCAUUACCCGCGAUCAUCCAAUGGCACCCGGUUCACUAGGAGGGCAAGACCGCUUGUUAAAAGGGCUCUCGCGGCAUUUCCAGGGCUACAAACAUCCGAGAGCACUAUUUGCCUCAGCUUUCUGGCUAAUACCUGGAUGUACCAAGACACCAUCACGCGGAUCACUUGCACCGACGCACAAGAGAUCGACCUUGAACUGAUGACCUCCUGCAGUCAAUUAAGCCUCCAAAGUAGCUCUGAGCUGCCUAUAGAUCCUCUGAUGGGAUGUGCAGGGACACUAUUUCCUUUGAUUGGCCGCGUGGGUGACCUCGUCAGACGUGUCAGAAGCGCACGGCAAGCCAUAAACUCCCCUGCAACGGUAUCCUAUGCCGCGGAGCUGAAGGUCUCUAUCGAAGCUUGGGUUCCUCCAAUCGACUUAGAGGUCCCAUUCGGGUACGGGCACCCCAACUUAACCACCUCGGAUCUGGUGCAGACGGCCAAUGUUUUCAAGUGGUCCACGAUUCUUCUCCUAUACCAGGCAGUCCCAGAACUUCCAAGAAAGCUAUCCUUCUCUGAAAUGGCCCAGAAGAUCCUUGUUCUUGUUGCUACAGUUUCUCUUAAAUCUCGUGCGCUCAUCUUCCACGUGCUGCCACUGAUGAUCGCGGGCUGUGAGGUCAUUGAUGCAGAAGACAAGGCCUGGGUUCGCAGCCGAUGGAAGUCAAUGUCCAGUGAGAUGACCUCUGGGAUUGUGGAACGAUGCCUAGAACUUACAUUGGAAGUAUGGAGAAGACGCGAAAGCCGCGUAAACCUAUGCGCCUCGUGCCUUGAUUCUACUCACGGCUCAACGAACGAAGCAAUUCCCGCACUCGCCCCCGGAGUCAUAGACCCGCAGAUGGGAUCAGGAGCGCUGCGACCUGACAGUGGCGUUGGAGAAUCAUUUUGCCAGAGUUGUCUUGCAGAUGAUGUAACUGGGGCGUCCGAAUUUUUCGAUUUCUCUACUUUUGCAACGCAUACUCGGCCUCGAAUGACAUCUGGGCACAGGGAAUAUCCGGUGACAAGCAAAGAUCACUGGUUUAGCAUAAUGGAGGAAUGGGGCUGGGAAGAGAAGUGA